AAGUUCCUCCCUCUACCCGUCAGCAACGGAAUGUCGUCAACUCUCGAUAUCAUCGAGGGGUGCAGUCUGUGCAACCGCCCCAUCACUUCCCACGAAUGCCAAGGCUGCCAGGUUGUCUCCUACUGCAGCCCCGAACACUUGCAUCAGCACCAGCCCAUCCACCAGGAGGCUUGUGACCCUAUUUCUCGCGCGCGCCGCGAAACUGAACUCUACAAUCUUCGCGAUGAGGAUGGAAACAUCAUAACUCCUCAGGAAGUGGAUGUUAGAGAACGGGGGUGGCGCUUUCGCUCGGACAAUUUCAGAUACGCCGCUUCUCGCCUUGGAUGGGUCGAGGCCCUUGAACACCUGCACACUCGCAAGGCUCUCGAAGCACAGUUGGAGCAUCUCAUAGAAGCUGCGCACUUGUUUCAAAACGACGAGGAAAACAAAACCGGCAUCCUCCGUCUGCUGUUCCGGUUGGGUCGACAUGCGGAAUUCUACAGCCUCGCGAAGUCCCGCAUCACUGCUGAUUGGGGGCAACCCCUGCAGAGCUGGGUAGCUACAAGAGAAAACAGUUCCGAUCCAUUCGAGGAUUCCAAAUGGCUCCUUGACAACGAAUUCGAAAUCGACACCGCCUUACUGCUUUUGCUACUCAAAGUCAACAUGCUGCACGAUUUGGUCGCACUAAACGCAGCCGCCGUCACAGCCGGGCCCAAGGUUCCGCAAGAGAUUCUCGAUCACAUUUGCUCAUAUGUCCUAACUACGUCAAUUAUUGCAAACGAGCGCAAAGCCUUCUUCGGAAACGAGAAUACCGAGCAUAUCGGCAAGCUCCGUGCUCAGAUCAAAGAGCUGUAUGGCGUGAUCUCCAGAAAGAGGCCCGACGCGUGGAAUCUAGUGAUAGGAAACAAGGCGGGCGAAUUGCCAGAGCAAGCAACCGCACCUGUGAAUCUGGGCCAUAUUUACUCGCUGGAUGUUUGGAAUGCGAACCGAUGGGCUAUCGAGUAUAUCUCAAAGCUUCGGGAAUCCUGUCCGUGAACCGACCAUGACGUACCUUUCCCAGGACGCAGAGAUGAUUUAACGUGGUUUCUUUCUUGUGUUGUUACUUGGAUGUUGUUCACACCUCACCUGAUUAGGUUGCAGGUGAAGAUAGUGCGGCUAUUUUCGAC